AUGGCUUUUGUUCAUGGCUGGUCUGCAGAAUGCGCCAAGUCGGAGCUGGACAUAUUUCAAUUAGCGCCUACCCAAACAAGCGUCGAGAAAAGCUUUUACAUAGAAGUUCCACCCCUCACGGCCCUAACAGAAACCACACCUCUGGAGUUCUACGUCGCAGGCAACGGAGAAGAUUAUUUAAAUUUAAACAACACCCUGCCCUAUUUGACCUGUAAAAUAACGGAAGCAGACGGUCGGGACAUUGAUGCAGCAGCCCGUGUGAGUCUGGUGAAUUACCCCAUCGCAGCCAUCUUCAGCCAGGUUGACAUCACUGUAGGAGACCGAUUGAUCAGCCAGAGCAACAACUGCUAUCCUUACAGAGCCUUUAUAGAGUCUGUCCUGAACUACAGUGAAGAGACGCUGAAGACGCAGAAUUCAACAGGGCUCUUUUACAAAGACACAGCCGGGGAACACGAGUCCACAAUUUUGGAUGGUCGUAAUCAGAGGUUCCGAAAAAGAGCAUCAUACACGACGCAAAGCCGAAAACUGGAGCUCCUGGGUGACAUUCACGCAGUCCUGUUUUUUCAGGACCAACUACUACUGGAUGGCGUAGACCUGAAAAUAAAACUCACGAGCAACAGAGAUCCUUUCUGCUUAAUGAACAACGACGGAGAACACAAACUGAGCGUACUCUCUGCAUCUUUGUUUGUGAAAAGAGUCAGAGUGUCACCCGGGGUCAGACUGGGACACGCCGAAGCACUCGUAGAGGCCAACCCUAAAUACCCCAUAGACCGCGUACAGAUGAAAGUCUUCAGCCUGCCUGCAGGGAUCCGUGUGUGUAACCAAGAAAACCUCUUUCUCGGACAGUUACCCAAAGUGGUCAUUUUGGGGUUUGUGGACAACGCGGCAUUCAGCGGCAGUUUUACCCCAAAACCCUUCAAUUUUAAACACUACAAUGUUAACUUUCUGGCUUUCUACGCGGACGAUGAACAAAUCCCCACUAAACCGCUUUAA